AAACAAAAUCAACCCACCCCUUUUGCUUUAUCAAUCAAAUCUUUUGUUUACUGUCCUGUAAAUAAAUAAAUGGGCAGAGUGUAUUCUACUUACUACUAUUAUAGUAAAAGUUAAAAGUAGAAGGAACAUAGAGGAGGGACCAAGGGGGGAGGAAAGUGGAGGGGAGAUUUCGUUUCAUGAUUCACUCGCUCUUUGGGUUUGACCAACUCAACACUCUUCUCCUUCCUCUCUUCUUCUUUUUUGUUUGUUUAUUAAAUAUUCAUCCACCAUCCCACUCUCUCUCAAUUCCACAUCCAUGCUCUCAUUGGAAUCGCUCUCUCUCGGAUCUUUAGCAUAAUAAGCCAAUGGGUGUGUGCUUCUCCGCCAUUAGAGUCACCGGUGCCAGCAGUAGUAGACAGACCAACAACAACAACAACAAGGCUCAUAAAAAAGGAUGUAAGAAACCUCCAGAGAAUAAGCCCUCUACCACCACCACCACCACCACCAACGCGAAGCGGAGAGCCACCGGGUCCGUCCCUUGCGGCAAGCGUACCGAUUUUGGAUACGCCAAAGACUUCCACGAGCAGUAUACCAUCGGGAAGUUGCUGGGUCAUGGUCAAUUCGGGUAUACCUACGUUGCCAUCGACAAGUCCAAUGGCGAUCGUGUCGCCGUCAAGAGGCUCGAUAAGAGUAAGAUGGUUCUUCCAAUAGCGGUUGAGGACGUGAAGCGGGAGGUUGAGAUACUUAAAGCUCUUUCAGGGCACGAGAACGUUGUACAGUUUUACAAUGCCUUUGACGAUGACGACUACGUCUACAUUGUUAUGGAGUUGUGCGAGGGAGGCGAGUUGCUGGAUCGGAUUUUAUCCAAGAAAGAUAGUCGUUACUCCGAGAAAGAUGCAGCCGUUGUCGUCAGACAGAUGCUCAAAGUCGCUGGAGAAUGUCAUCUCCACGGUCUUGUUCAUAGAGAUAUGAAACCUGAGAAUUUUUUGUUUAAAUCAACUCAACUCGAGUCGCCUCUGAAGGCUACAGAUUUUGGUUUAUCCGAUUUUAUCAAACCAGGGAAAAGGUUUCAUGACAUUGUUGGCAGCGCCUAUUAUGUUGCUCCCGAAGUACUUAAGCGCAGAUCAGGCCCUGAAUCUGAUGUCUGGAGCAUUGGUGUUAUCACCUAUAUUUUACUCUGUGGAAGGCGCCCUUUCUGGGAUAGGACUGAGGACGGUAUUUUUAAGGAGGUCUUAAGGAACAAACCUGACUUCCGCCGCAAACCAUGGUCAACUAUAAGUGACAGCGCGAAAGAUUUUGUUAAAAAGUUACUUGUCAAAGACCCUCGAGCACGGCUAACUGCUGCUCAAGCCCUUUCACAUGCGUGGGUUAGAGAAGGAGGGAAUGCCACUGAUAUCCCUGUUGACAUUUCUGUUCUCAACAACUUACGUCAGUUUGUGAGAUACAGCCGUCUUAAGCAGUUUGCUUUACGGGCGCUUGCUAGCACACUCGACGAGGCAGAGAUUUCUGACCUCAGAGAUCAGUUUGAUGCAAUUGAUGUAGAUAAAAACGGUGUCAUUAGUCUUGAGGAAAUGAGACAGGCACUUGCCAAAGACCUUCCUUGGAAACUGAAGGAUUCACGAGUUGCUGAGAUCCUUCAAGCGGUAGUUACAGUUUUUCUUAUUUUUUUCUUCCUUUUCCAUUGCAAUUGCAUCUGUGGGGGUAUAUCAUUAUCUGAAAAUCUUUGGUGGACACAGAUCGAUAGCAACACUGAUGGAUUAGUGGACUUCACAGAGUUUGUAGCAGCAGCUCUACAUGUUCAUCAGCUGGAAGAACAUGAUUCAGAGAAAUGGCAGUUAAGAUCAAGAGCAGCUUUUGAGAAAUUCGACAUUGACAAAGAUGGGUACAUAACGCCCGAGGAGCUUCGAAUGCACACGGGAUUAAGAGGCUCAAUAGAUCCACUUCUGGAUGAAGCAGACAUAGACAGAGACGGGAAGAUAAGCCUGCAUGAGUUCCGGAGACUUCUAAGAACAGCGAGCAUAAGUUCGCAGAGAGUUGUAAGCCCUGCAGGCCGCCACAGGAAUCCUCGGUAGUUUUAAAUGGUAUUUUUUAGUAGAAGAAGAAGAGGCAGAGGAGAAUGGAGACAGGGCAGUGUAAUUUGUUGUUGGGAUGUAAUAUUGUCUUUCUAUGUAAUGUUGGUUGUACCAUAAGUGGGGUUUUUGGGUGAGGUUGUAGUAGUGAUAAGUGAGUGAAGCAGCAAAACCAGAGAAAUGGUUUUUUGGCAUUCCUUGAAAAACACAGAAGAAUUAUUUUGGGUCAUUACCAGGUGGAGGAGGUUAUGGAAGGCCACGUGCAUACACCGAGUAGACCAGAUCCAAUUUUAAUGGGUGGGGUACAAAAAGAAAGAAAGAUAGAUUCCAGCUGUAUUCUCUCAUAAUAUUAUUGUGGGUGUGAACACCAAACGAACACACCAUACAGACUUUUUCUAUUGUUUUCCAUGAUCCUCCAGCCAGGAUCGGAGUGGCUCUCUCUCUAUUUUUGAUGAUAAUAUAAUAUUGCAACAACGAGAUUAUUGCAAUUCUUCA